AUGUCUGAAACACUAAUCCUCCGAGGCACCCUAGAAGGCCAUUCAGGAUGGGUCACCUCCCUGGCAACGUCGCUGGAGAACCCGAACAUGCUCCUCUCCGGCAGCCGUGACAAGUCACUGAUCAUCUGGAACCUGACCCGCGACGAGAGCUCUUACGGCUAUCCCAAGCGCAGCCUGCACGGCCACUCCCACAUUGUUUCCGACUGCGUCAUCUCCUCCGAUGGCGCAUACGCCCUUUCCUCCUCCUGGGACAAGACCCUCCGUCUCUGGGAGCUUUCGACCGGUGUGACCACCCGCCGAUUCGUCGGCCACACCAACGACGUCCUCUCCGUUUCCUUCUCCGCCGACAACCGCCAGAUCGUCUCUGGUUCGCGCGACAGGACGAUCAAGCUGUGGAACACUCUCGGUGACUGCAAGUUCACAAUCACCGACAAGGGACACACUGAGUGGGUGUCAUGCGUGCGGUUCAGCCCGAACCCCCAGAACCCGGUCAUUGUCAGCGCUGGCUGGGACAAGAUGGUCAAGGUAUGGGAACUCGCCUCCUGCCGCAUCCAGACCGACCACAUCGGCCACACCGGCUACAUAAACACCGUCACCAUCUCCCCCGACGGCUCCCUCUGCGCGUCCGGCGGCAAGGAUGGCACCACCAUGCUCUGGGACCUGAACGAGUCGAAGCACCUCUACUCCCUCACCGCCGGCGACGAGAUCCACGCCCUCGUCUUUUCUCCCAACCGCUACUGGCUGUGCGCCGCCACCGCCAGCGCAAUCAUCAUCUUCGACCUCGAGAAGAAGAGCAGAGUUGAUUCGCUCACUGUGGACUUCAUGGAUGUGGGCAAGAAGAGCAGGGAUCCGGAGUGUGUCAGCUUGGCUUGGAGCGCUGAUGGGCAGACUCUCUUUGCUGGCUACACCGACAACAAGAUCCGCGCCUGGGGUGUCAUGUCGAGGAAUUAG